UGCUGCAGCCGUAUUUCCAAUCCAACCGAUGUGCGUGCAGCGUGUGUUUCAUCGAGCCGCGUCCAUUCGUCUGUCGCCAGCAAAACGGGAAAUUGCCGUGCCGUGCCGGAAACUAAAUUUCCGUGUCACUGAAACCCCCAAGAGCAGAAAAGAAGACACGAAAAAGCAUUUGAAAAUCGGGGUUUACUGCUUUGCGAGGGCUACAGCACAAAGCAGCCUCGCUAGGGUCCGAGAAAUUGUUCCGUCCAGUGACGCGCUUCGGAUUGGUGUGUGAGUGAUUCAACGCUUCUCGCCCAAAACGCAUCUCAGUUCCCUGCACACCGUGGAAAAGUGUAUUGGCUCGCCUUUUUUGGUGGCCCGGAAAGCAGGUGAAGCAGUGGCAUUUUGGGUUGCCCAAAACGAAACUAACCGCCCGGGAAGCGCCCUUGUGCGUACGUGCAUGUGUGUGCGUGUGUGUGUGUGAGUGUGUGCGGAAGUGAUACACUUUCGCGGAAUUCAAGCCCAUAGGAACGACGCCCAACCGUCCGAUCCGCUGAGGGUGCCGCAGAGCGCCGCGUCGUUAUCUGGCAUUCCUCCAGGCAGAAGGUAGCGGCAGCGGCGGUGACGGUGGUGCUCGCGUACGGUGUAUGUGAGUGAGUGUGUGUUUGGUGUGUGCAACAAGUGGCCGGAAGAGAAGGAGAGCGUGUAUCAAUUGCAGACGGUGUGGUGUGUGCAUCGGUGUCUGCUAUUAGUGUGGUUAAUUUUCGCACCGAUUUUCGUGCCAAUAAUUUUCUCGAUACACCCGGUGGGGGUGACCUGUGUAGGAGCCACGGUGUGCGGUCGAAUAGCCGGCUGCGAAAAAAAGUGCUUAAUUUUCGGGUCUCUUGGUCUCAUCGUCAUCGUCCGUCCGAAAACGUUGCGACCCCGUGUGAUCAAGCGGUCGAAAGAAGGAGGAAAAGGAGCGGGCUCGAGAGAAAAGUAAAGAAAGAAAAAAAAGUGAAAUCAUCACAUCUUGUGCGGGUGGAUGCGAGAGAGCGUGUGUUUGAGACGCCCAAAGAAGGGAAAACCAAGACGGUGGGAGCCUCGGUGUAUAAUGUGCAGCAGCAAGGGGCAGCAGCAGCACCAGUAGUCGCGGCGUUGGAUGAAUUUUCGAGAGCAAAUUCCGUCGUUUCGGCGCUGAUCCAACAGCAGAGAAAAGCAACAAACAAAAAAAAUAUCAAACGCAUGAAAAACGGAGCUCUCCCCACGCCCGCCCCACAAAGUGAAGUGAAAAACGCCAGUGAAGUGGUGGUGCAACAUAGCAGAAGAAGUGGCAGCAGUAACGAAAAAGAAGCAGCAGUAGGAAAACACACCCCCCUCUGUUUCCGUGUGUAACCAAGGAAAAAAAGCCGCCUAUUGUGGAAAAAGCAAAGAGUGUGAGCAAGCGAGAGAGCGAGAAAGUGCGAACGACAGCACUGUAGCGAGAGAGAGCGAAAGAGAGGGAGCGAAAAAAAAACGUCAUACCAACUGAGAUCGUAGUGUGUGCGUGCCGUUGGUGUUGGUGUGGCGAGACGCGCGCGGCUUCUUCGUGUGUGUGUGUGUGUGUGCUUUUUGUUGUUUUUUUGUCUGUUUGAAAUCAAAUCAAAAUGGGUUGUGCAGUGAGUAGAGAUAAGGAAGCCAUCGAGCGGUCGAAAAACAUUGACCGUGCCCUACGUGCCGACGGAGAGCGGGCGGCCAGCGAGGUGAAGCUGCUGCUGCUAGGUGCGGGCGAAUCGGGCAAAUCGACGAUCGUGAAACAGAUGAAGAUCAUCCACGAGACGGGCUACUCACAGGAGGAGUGCGAACAGUACCGGCCGGUCGUGUACAGCAACACCAUACAGAGCCUGAUGGCGAUCAUCCGGGCGAUGGGCCAGCUGCGGAUCGACUUUGCCGACCCGAGCAAAACGGACAUUGCGCGCCAGUUCUUCACGUACGCGUCGGCCACCGAGGAGGGCGAGCUGACGCCCGAGCUCGUCGCGCUGAUGAAGAAGCUGUGGACGGACCCGGGCGUCCAGCAGUGCUUUGCGCGCUCGCGCGAGUAUCAGCUCAACGAUUCGGCCGCCUACUAUCUGAACUCGCUCGAUCGCAUCUCGCAGCCGGCGUACAUCCCGACGCAGCAGGACGUGCUGCGGACGCGCGUCAAGACGACCGGCAUCGUCGAGACGCACUUUAGCUUUAAGUCGAUACAUUUCAAAAUGUUUGAUGUCGGCGGUCAGCGAUCGGAGCGAAAGAAGUGGAUACACUGCUUCGAAGGUGUCACGGCCAUCAUCUUCUGUGUCGCACUCUCGGGAUACGAUCUAGUGCUGGCCGAGGACGAGGAGAUGAAUCGCAUGAUCGAAUCGAUGAAGCUGUUCGACUCGAUAUGCAACUCCAAGUGGUUCGUCGAAACGUCCAUCAUCCUGUUCCUCAACAAGAAGGAUCUGUUCGAGGAGAAGAUCGUCCGAUCGCCGCUGACAAUCUGCUUCCCAGAGUAUACCGGUUCCAACACGUACGAGGAAGCGUCCAGCUACAUCCGGAUGAAGUUCGAAAACCUCAACAGACGAAAAGAUCAGAAGGAAAUCUACACCCACCUAACGUGCGCCACCGACACCAGCAACAUACAGUUCGUGUUCGAUGCCGUCUCGGAUGUGAUCAUCAAGAAUAAUCUUAAGGACUGUGGGCUGUUCUAAGCAGACGAGGGGCUGCUUCUUUUGUUUGGUUUGUUUGCAGCGUAGUACAGUGGCAGUAGUAGUAGCUAGUAGCUAGUAGUAAUAUGGACUUGCAAUGACCGGCAGCUCCUACGGUACAGCGAAAGAGACGACACAGUGCCCGGACGCGUCCGCACAUUGACGAAAAGGCCGACGACAAAGCAGACAUUUGGUCUGCCUUUAGUGCGGCGGUUUUCUUUUUUUACCUACUUAUAUCGUUAGGGAGUGCUAUUAUUAUUAGGUUUAGUUUCACCCUACCACCCGAACCAUCCGAUCGAGUCCCCGUUGCCCCGUUCUUCACUCGUGGUAGUUUCACAUUACAUUGCUUUACUACGCGCAAAAAAGUAACGUUCAAUAGAGCACAAUCUCCUCUCUCUUUUCUGUGUUGUUCACUUGUGCCGUGUGUAAUUGGUGCUUAUACAGACGGAAUGCAGCAUUAAAUUGACGAUGGGGACGGCGAUCGACCACACGGGCGCCUUUUUUAGACGAUAAUUUAACUCAUAUUCAUCCUUUGAUUUGCGCUUUUUCAUUUCCCCGUCUUCGAUAGGAGUGCAGAUUUUGCCUCAAUCAAUACCUCUACUUCUUAACUUCAUCCCGUGUGUCUAAGCCUUUUGUAUUUAUAUAAGCCAAACACGCACGAGAACGGUUCUGCGUGUGUGUGUUUUCCAUAUUGUUUUAAUCCUUCCGUAUAUAAACUAAAAAGAAAAGAAUAGGUUACUGUAGGCAAAACUAGGCUAAGGACUAUGGAAGACGAAAUGGAAAUGGUGGGACGUUUGUAAUAGAAACGAUCGUUGGGGAAGUACGAUUGUGUUAUUGGUGGUACGCUAAACGCACUUCAUAAAAACUCUUGCAGGUGUACAUCUUCAAAACACACAGAAAAGGUGACAUUAAUUAACAAUUUUUUUUUCUUUCACAAUGAAACAGAAAUGAAUCGACAAGCCCAGAGAGAAUUAGCUACCUUUUUUAGCUAUCCAUUAGGGUAAUUUUUGUGUACGUACUCCUCCUUUCGGUUGGAUUUCCAAUUUCGUCCAAAAAUUCAUUUCGAACAGAACGAGCAGAACACGUUAAACGAACGUACUUUUAAGUAACACAACAACGCGUGGAGAGCGUGUGUUUUUGCUGCAUUUUCCCGUUUUCGGAUAAUUAUCUAAAUUAUUAAGCCAACGCUAUUAAAAAAUGCCCAUUUCUUUGCCAUUCCAUCAGCGCAAGCUUUCGCGAGUAGGUAGGUAGGGGGUGUAAACCCCAUCGUGGGAGUGGCCUUUCGUUUCGUUUCGUUCCUUUAUUCUAAUUUUCACUUAUUUAACAUGGACUUUCUAAAACGAAACAAAAAAAAUGUGUCUCUUUCAAAGGGUAUAAGUUUAGCUAAAACUAUCCAUUACUGCUGCCGGUUGCGUGUGUGUGUGUGUGUGUGUGUCUGUGUGUUUUAAAGAAAAAUGAAAAGAGAAAUCACACACUUGAGAGCUUCUAAAAAUUCCAAAAUGAUAAACACUCUACUGCACGGGAUUAUCCGCUUUGCUUUAUCCUGCGAAGCGCGCAACAUUGAUUGCCUCUCCUCCGCGUACCUUUUCGCUGCGAGUUGUGAUUCGUUGUUCAUUCUGUGUAUAGUGAAAUGUGUGAAAGAUCGAUCGUGUGUGUGCUGUUGUUGUUACCGGCUGCACCACCGGAGGGAUUUUUUUUAGCAAAUAAGCUGUUAAAUGUAAUGAAAAUGACGAAAGAGAGCAUUGUUUCUUGUAUUUUCCAUCAAAAAUGUAUGUUUAUUGCUACAGGCAGGGAAUGGAAGCAGAUGUGUUGUUAGGGGUAGUAGAAGGCCGUAGCUAGUUGUUGCAAGCGUGCACACAAAACAAACAAAACAAACGCACACAUGAAAUGUUUGCACGCGGACCCCGACAGACAAACAAACAAACGAAAACAAAACAAAAAACAAAACAUCUCAACCAGAUGAUAGAAGAAUUUGCUCUCCACAAACGAACGUACACAUAUGAAUAUAAAGUAUAUUUUUGUAUAAAAGAAAAUCAUAUUGAUACGACGAAGACGACGACGACGACAGCAAACGAAAGCGGUUUGAAGAUAAUUUGUUUAUAGCUCGUUUAAAGAGAGGGCGAUUUGUUGGGGUAAAUUGGAAAAUUGAUUAGCUUAUUGGAGCGAUAGCAAGGAAACUGUUGUUGUUAUCUAGCUUCUUUUUAUCAACGGGUGUUAUAUAGGCCAAUAAUAGUCUUUACAAAGAGAGAGAAAGAGAGCGAGAGAGCGAGAGAGUGAGAGAUGGAAAGGAGAGAGUAAAAAUGUUCAAAUUCUUCCUGUUUUUUAUCCUACAAAUGUUGCCUCAAAAAUAUCCUCCUCCUCCUAUUUCAUGCCAAGCCGUUUUGGUAUUUUUUUUAAUACAGAAAAGGAAAGUAAUGUAAACAGCACAACAACAACAAAACAAUCAUACAAAUAUCCUCAACUAUCUUUGUGUUACUCUUUUUUCCAGUAAAUUUGCAAAAAAAUGUUGUUGGUGCGCGAAUCCAUUUUUAUAUGAGCAUAUAUAUUUAUACAAAAAAAAAGCAAAAACAUCAACACACGAACUGGAAGAAAAACUAAACGAAAACCACCGCACAAAAUGGGAGAGAGAGAGAGAGAAGGAGAGAGAGAGAGAGAGAGAGAGAGGAGAGAGAGAGAGAGAGAGAGAGAGAGAGAGAGAAAGAGAGAAAAAUAGAACAGUAGCGCAGUAGAGAAACAAAAUGCGAAGGAAGAAACGAACUGACGGAUAAAAUUGGGAAGAUGGGAUUUUAUUGGCUGCUAAACAAAAAGUGCUAAAAUGCGUAAGUGUAUACAUAUUAUACGUUUCUAUGCAUAUAUAUUCUAUAUAUAUAAAUAUAAAUCAAUGUAUGAAUGUUUGUUAACUGAGAACAGAAACACACAUAUACACACACAAGAACACAACACACAUGUACUUGAGGAAAAGGAUCAGCUGAGGGAGAAGUACACUCUGAAAGCGUGACAGAUGAGUCAAGUAAGGACAGACGAGCGCACACAACACAACACACAAUACAAAGGAAAUGAUAUACUAACAUCGAAUAUUUAAAUCGCAAAAAAAAACCCUUGGUGAAAAGGUGUGUUCACUUUUGUGAACUGUGUGAGACAACAACAAUGUGUGAAGGGAGAAGAAGCGCAUUAGAAGAGAGUUUUAAUUUUUAAAAGAGCAGGAGACCCGCCCAAGCGGAUCGUUAUUUAAGAAAAAUCAAAGAGAGAGAGAGAGAGAGAGAGAGAGAGAGAGAGAGAGAGAGAGAGA